GGUCUUUAUAAACUGGAAUCCUCCUUCUGGUGACCCCCCAAAAAGAUGGGUUUAUUGUGGACCCCACGUUUCUUGUUGCUUCUCCUAUUUUGGGGACCUGCUUGCCUGAAGACCCAGGAUUAUGCCAGAUGCCCAGAACCCAGGGAACUGGAAGCUAGCAAAGUUAUCCUCCUGCCCAGUUGUCCAGGAGCCCAAGGAAGUCCUGGGGAGAAGGGACCUCCAGGACCCCAAGGUCAACCUGGACCACCAGGCAAGAUGGGCCCCAAGGGCGAGCGUGGAGAUUCAGCAAGCCUGCUUGGAUGCCAGGAUGGCCCUAGGAACUGUCAGGAGCUGCUAAGCCGGGGUGCUACCUUGAGUGGCUGGUACCACGUGUGUCUACCAGAAGGCAGAGCCCUUCCAGUCUUUUGCGACAUGGACACUGCAGGAGGCGGCUGGCUGGUGUUCCAGAGGCGACAGGAUGGUUCUGUGGACUUCUACCGUUCUUGGGCCUCCUACAAAGCAGGUUUUGGGAACCAGGAGUCGGAAUUCUGGCUGGGGAACGAGAACCUGCACCAGCUCACUCUCAAGGGCACUUGGAAUCUUCGGGUAGAGCUGGAAGACUUCAAUGGAGACCUCACCUUUGCCCAAUAUGCCACAUUCCGCGUCCUUGGGGAGGAGAACCAAUACCAACUGGUGGUAGGCAAGUUCUUGGAGGGCACAGCAGGGGACUCCUUGAGCUCCCACAACGAGGGGUACUUUAGCACCUAUGACGCGGACCACGAUUCAAGUGGGGGCAACUGCGCUGUGACCGUCCACGGCGCCUGGUGGUACAAAGCCUGCUACGCAGCCAACCUCAAUGGGCGUUACGCUGCAUCUGAAGCCACUGCUCACAAGUAUGGCAUCGACUGGGCCUCAGGCCGAGGCGUGGGGCACCCCUACCGCAAGGUCCGGAUGAUGCUUCGCUAGCCUGUGUGGACAGUCAGUACCUUAUCACUCCUGUACCACUUCCGGACCCACAGGCAUGUCCUCAUUGCCCACCCGCUCUGCUUCCUGGUCCGCAUUUAAAAAUAAACGAUUUUAACCCUUUCCUGACA